AGUAGUGAGAGCUGCAGCAACGAAGAGGACCAAAGAGUCAGAUUUAAUAAGAGAUAACACAUACUCUUCAUAUAUAACAGGAGUCUAAGAUCUAUAUUUGACAAAACAAUCAAGAUGUCUUCUGCGAAAGGAGUUGCUAUUGGGAUUGACCUGGGCACCACCUACUCCUGUGUGGGGGUGUUUCAGCAUGGAAAAGUGGAGAUCAUUGCUAAUGACCAGGGAAACAGAACAACACCCAGCUAUGUGGCCUUCACAGACACAGAGAGACUGAUUGGAGAUGCCGCAAAAAACCAAGUGGCCAUUAACCCCAACAACACAGUGUUUGAUGCCAAGCGACUGAUUGGCAGGAAGUUUGACGAUCCAGUCGUACAGUCUGACAUGAAGCACUGGCCUUUCCAAGUGACCAGUGAUGGAGGCAAGCCGAAGGUUCAAGUCGAGUACAAAGGAGAGAAGAAAUCCUUUAACCCUGAAGAGAUCUCCUCCAUGGUUCUUGUGAAAAUGAAGGAAAUCGCUGAGGCCUAUCUUGGACAGAAGGUAACAAAUGCUGUUAUUACUGUUCCGGCCUACUUCAACGACUCUCAGAGACAGGCCACUAAAGAUGCUGGAGUGAUUGCCGGACUGAAUGUCCUGAGGAUCAUCAAUGAGCCCACAGCUGCAGCGAUCGCCUAUGGCCUGGACAAAGGCAAGAAAACAGAGCGCAACGUCCUGAUCUUUGACCUGGGAGGUGGUACUUUCGAUGUGUCCAUCCUGACCAUUGAAGAUGGCAUCUUUGAAGUGAAAGCCACAGCAGGAGACACUCACCUGGGUGGAGAAGAUUUUGACAAUCGCAUGGUCAACCACUUUGUGGAGGAAUUCAAAAGGAAGCACAAGAAAGACAUCAGCCAGAACAAGCGAGCCCUGAGGAGGCUGCGUACAGCAUGUGAGAGAGCCAAGAGAACACUGUCUUCCAGCUCUCAAGCCAGCAUUGAAAUUGACUCUCUUUACGAAGGGACCGACUUUUACACCUCCAUCACCAGAGCACGCUUUGAGGAGUUGUGUUCAGACCUGUUCAGAGGAACACUAGAGCCGGUGGAGAAAGCCCUGAGAGAUGCUAAGAUGGACAAAUCCCAGAUCCAUGAAAUUGUCCUGGUUGGAGGUUCAACAAGAAUCCCCAAGAUCCAGAAACUUCUACAGGACUUCUUUAAUGGACGAGAACUGAACAAAAGCAUCAACCCAGAUGAGGCCGUUGCUUAUGGUGCUGCAGUUCAGGCUGCCAUCCUUAUGGGUGACACCUCUGGAAACGUCCAGGACUUGCUGCUGCUGGAUGUGGCUCCAUUGUCCCUGGGCAUUGAAACAGCAGGAGGAGUCAUGACCCCUCUAAUCAAACGCAACACCACCAUUCCCACCAAACAGACACAAACCUUCAGCACCUACGCAGACAACCAGCCUGGAGUUCUGAUCCAGGUGUAUGAAGGUGAGAGAGCCAUGACCAAAGACAACAACCUGCUCGGGAAGUUUGAUCUGACGGGCAUACCACCUGCACCACGCGGAGUUCCUCAGAUCGAAGUGACCUUUGACGUUGAUGCCAACGGCAUUCUGAACGUGUCUGCUGUGGAUAAAAGCACCGGCAAAGAGAACAAGAUCACCAUCACCAAUGACAAGGGCAGGCUGAGCAAGGAGGACAUUGAGAGGAUGGUGCAGGAAGCAGAUAAGUACAAAGCAGAAGAUGAGCUUCAGAGAGAGAAGAUUGCAGCCAAGAACUCCCUGGAGUCAUAUGCUUUUCACAUGAAAAACAGUGUAGAAGAUGAAAGUUUGAAAGGCAAAAUCAGUGAAGAGGACAAAAAGAAAGUGAUUGAGAAGUGUAAUGAGACCAUUACCUGGCUGGAGAACAACCAGUUGGCGGAAAAGGAAGAGUUUGAACAUAAACAGAAGGAACUGGAGAAAGUCUGCAACCCCAUCAUCACUAAGCUGUACCAGGGAGGGAUGCCAGCUGGAAGCUGUGGGGCUCAGGCACGAUCUGCUUCAGGAGCAAACAGCCAGGGCCCAACUAUUGAAGAAGUGGAUUAAAAAAACAUAUAUAGACUUAAUAAGUGAACUUCUAAGUACAAGCUAUUACAGUAUAGUACAGCAACAUUUUUACACUGGAAAAUGUAAAUAUUUGAGUCCUAGCGUACUGUAGGUAUGUUCCUUACUGUAUAUAAGAGUUAAUAGUUUACCACUCUUUCGGGCAAAUAAACCUAAACAUACAAGUAGUUAUGCUGUAAAUAUUAGUUUUUGUUGGUGUGUACUUUUGUUUAUACUCAUAUGUUGUUUUUAUUCUAGUCUUAAGUGAAUGUGCUGCAUGCAAAAUAAUUUGAAUACAAAUAUGUUACUUGGGAUGAUGUUAAAUAGUGCGUGCUGUGCUAUAAUCUUGUUAAAUUUUUCCUUUUGAUACAAAGUACAUUUGAUUUUUUUUUAAAACAUUCAUCCAUUGUUUUGAUUGCAUUGGAUUUUCCUGAGAAAUUAUUUAUAUAUAUUUUUGUAAAAACAAUUAAUAAACAGUAUCCAUUGAACUGUGAAAAAGUUUAAAUUGUGUUGAUCACAUGUGAAUUUCCAUGAUGUGAUGUACAGUAUGUGUCAUUGUUACAUUGUAAUAAAGUGAGA